AUGGGCGCGUUUACAAAAUUCGUAAAUAUCGUUGCGCCCAAGAGUAGCAAGUCUCCCGAUGGCCGCGAUCAAUGGCCGUCGCGGGCCGCUUUCCUGCUCGCCUCCAUGGGUGGCUGCGCGGGCAUGGGAAACCUGUUGCGCUAUCCCAGCCAGACGUUCAACAACCACGGGCUGCAGUGGUUCAUUCCGUACUUGCUCUGCGUCUUCCUCAUCGCCAUACCGGUCCUGGUUCUCGAGAUCGCCAUUGGGCAAGCCUACCGCGGAGGCUGCGUCGUCGCCUACAACAACAUCAACCACCGCCUCAAGGGCGCCGGCCUCUCGCUCAUCUACGUCGGGACGGUGGUUAGUCCGUAUUUUGUGGUCAACUUGGCGUGGAUCAUGAUUUACUUUCGCAAUUCCUUCAAGAGCCCUCUGCCUUGGACGGGCCGAAGCGAAGAAUUUUACAUGCAAGACGUCGUUGCCAAUGUCGACCCGAUCCCGGGCAGUUUCUCCGCCGACGGAUCCUCGGUCACAAAAUAUGUCCAGUACCCUGGCGUGGCAGUCAUUGGCGAGACUGUCGGCUGGGCUGUUUUCACCUGGUUUCUGGUGUGGAUUUCCAUCUUUCGCGGCGUCGGCCUUACAGGCCGUGUCGUGUACUUUACGAUGGGCCUCCCUAUUGUCAUUACCUUUGUCCUCAUCGGCCGAGCUCUCUCGCUCGAGAAUGCCGCCCGCGGCGUUCGAUACUUCUGGGCUACUUGGAACGGCAGCCAGCUGGCGAAAGGCACCAUCUGGCAGACGGCAUGUGGGCAGGUCUUCUUUUCCACGGGUGUCGGUUUCGGCUAUUUCACGUCGUAUGCAUCUUACAACCAAAAGUACUCUAAUGCGGUCAUGGACUCGAUCAUGAUUGUGAGUAGCAACGUCUUGUUCGAAAAUGUUGCGGCGUUCAUUGUAUAUGGCGUGAUCGGCUUUCUCGGCAUCGUACCUGGCAGUGGCGAGCGACUCGGCAGUUUUGUGGUGGGCUUCAUCACACUGCCCACAGCCGUCACGCAGAUGCCUGGUGCCAACUUCUGGGCCGUCAUGCUGUUCUUUACUCUCAUGGUUCUUGGAUACAGCUCGGCUUUUGCCAUGGUUGAUGCCAUUGUCACUUUAAUCAUGGAUGCCCACCCGCGAUUUAGUCGGCCGUGGGUAGUAACCGCUGUCGUGGUUGCAUUUUUCUGCCUGACGCUGCCGUACUGCACAGAAUUUGGAUUCUAUUUGCUGGGCGGCGUGGAUCGCUGGAUCAACGAUGUAGGCCUGGUAUUUGUCGUCUGGGCUGAGUGCGUUACAUCGACAACACUGUAUCGAUGGCGCGACGUCGUUGGGCAAGUCGGCCUGCCGGCUUUCCUGACAUUCAACGGCGGCUUCUUCGGGGGCAUGGUGCUUGGCGUCACAAUCGCACAGGCUGUUUCACCGGUUGCUGGCGCAUGCGUAGGGUUUGGUAUCUUCAUCGUCGGCUUGGUUGGAUCUGUACUGCUGGCGAGGACGCCCGAUGCAGUAGCCCCCAAGUGGUGGAACAAGAGCGUCUUUGCCGCACGCGUUUGGUUCGUUGCUUUUUACUCGGGUAAUCAGCUUCGCCGCGACUUGAAUGAGAUUGUCGGGCAAGGUAAAAACUGGAAGAUUCCGGCGUUCUGGGCACCGCUGGUUCGUUAUAUUGCGGCGCCGACACUGUCGAUAGUGUACAGCUUCUCAUAUCCAUCAUUCUAUGAGCUGCGAAACGAUCCGCUCCAUAUUUUUGGAUUUGCAGUUGGCCACAUUGCUCUGAUUCUCAUAGGAGCCGGCCUGAUUGUGCCGCGGUGGUUUGACAUCCUGAUUCCGCCGCCGCGACGCAGCGACGGCCAUCAUGACUACGGUGCCAAUGUUUUGGUCCCCGCCGAUGAUGUUGCAUCGACUAGCAGUAUCGAAGCCGGAAAUGGCAGUGACCAGGAGGCCAAAAAGCGAGGCGUGUAG